AAAACCCUAAAAAAUCUAUUUCCAGUCGUUACACAACACACCUGCCUGCAAAUCAAUCAAAUUCAUUUUCAACAACAAUGGGGAAGAAGAAGAAGUUCAUCGACAAGAAGAAAGCCGCAACUUUCCAGUUAAUCUCACGCGACUCCUCCGACCCAAAUUACUCCGAAGACCCCUCCGGCGACCGAGUGUUCGUCAGGGUUGACGGCAACUCAGAGAAACCCUUUUUCGACGAUGAUAACGACGGAAUAUUCGACGAUGCUCCUGAAGAUUACAGCGAUGAUGAAUCCGGCGGUCAGGAUCGGAGCUUUGAGGAGCAGAUGACGGCGGGACGGUUGCCGGGUAAUUCCUCGUUGCCUGAUGAUGUGAGGAGAGAGAUAUUGGAGUUAGGGUUUCCGGAUGAUGGGUAUAAUUAUCUGUCUCAUUUGAGGGAGAUUAGGGUUACUGGUGGUGGGUCGUCGUUUUAUCAGAAUCCUAAGGCUAGACCGGACCAGUUACCUCGUGAUGUCAAGGCAUAUGAUGCAUCUAGAAUCGAUGUUUCCAAGGCAAACGAUGAGGAUUCUUACAAGAACUCAAUCUACGGUGUCGCAGUCAAAACCGUUCCUGUGAGAAUUCAAAAAGCGAUUGAUCCUGAAGUGGCUGCACUGCUAGAUGAUAGUGACCAAUCGCGUUUUGGUUCAGACGUUGAAGACUUGGAAGAAGAUUUUGUUAUAAAUGCAAAUCUUCCAGAUGAAUCAGAAGAUGUUCAACUCGAUAACAAGUUAACUUCAACCGAAAAAUCAUACGCAAACAGCAAAGAAGAUGAUUAUUAUACGAAGCCCUCACAAGAUAACUUCCUUCACAACAUUGCUAGUUCAGAAACUUUGGUUAAUGCAAAGCCUAGAGAACGUCGGCCUUUGGAUGAACAGUUUGAUAUGCUUGAACUUCAGGAAUACGGUACAGAUGAUGAAUCUGAGUAUGAUAACGCCGGAUCCGAAGAUUACGAGUGUCACGACUCUCUUGCAGAAAAGCUAAACAACGUUCCGUUAGAAAUGGAUGGAAAAUAUAAACUUCUUUCAAACGACAAAAAUAUAGAAGAAGAGCCCGUUACACUAGAAACCGCAGCCGAUCUGAGGCCUCGGUGCAUGCAAUACGCUGAACAGUUUGAAAAUGAAAACGAGAAUGACAAAGAAGACGUGUUUCUAGAAGAAAGCAGCGAUGAAUCCGAAGGCUGGGAUUGCGAGACUAUUAUAACUACCUACUCAAAUCUCGAUAACCACCCGGGGAAGAUUGAAGCCCCGGGGGGAAGGAGAAAGAAGAAGUUGACUGAAACGGUCAACAAGGCGUUUGAUACUCCGGCUCAUGUAAUCACUCUUAAAGGAAAAGAAAUGCUCCCGGUUGACUUUUUGCCUCACGGCAGGACUUCUGUUAUGGAUGUGAAAGAUAAGAACAAACCAAAGAAUGUGCCGCUUCCGAGGAAGAAACUUGGUCUAGAAACGAAGGAAGAAAAGAAAGAGCGAAAGGCUGCGGUGAAGGAAGAAAAACGAGAGGCGAGGCGCGCUAAAAAGGAUUUAAAGGGGUUAUACAAGAGUGAAGCUCAACAAGCUCAGAAAGUUGCUGCUUCUACUGGCCCAUCUUCCAUUCAUCUUAUGUAACAUGUAUUUUGUUUUUCAGCUGCACUUUUUUUUUUUAAUUUUGUACUGGUUUAAGUUAUAAAAGUUGAACAAGGCGCGAGUUACAAGCAAAAUCUAUGUGUAGACCAAUGCAUAAAUAUUAGUGAUUCAUGUUUUAAGGAUGAAA